AUGGGUCUCAAUAAUCCUAUUCCUAGGUCUCUUAAAAGUGAAAGCAAGAAAGCUGCGAAAGUUCUUGCUAGCUUCGUAAAACCAAACCAGUUUUUUGGUGCUGACAAAGUAAUUCCUCCUGAGGUUUUAAAACAUGCUAAAGGUCUAGCCAUAAUCACAGUUUUGAAAGCGGGAUUUUUGUUCAGUGGGCGUGCCGGUUCUGGUGUCAUUAUUGCUAGAUUACGUGAUGGCUCUUGGUCUGCACCAUCUGCAAUUGGUUUGGCAGGUGCCGGUGCAGGUGGGUUAGUUGGUAUCGAGUUGACUGAUUUCGUUUUUAUUUUGAAUACCGCCGACGCCGUCAAGUCCUUUUCAGAAUUUGGAACAAUAACUCUCGGUGGUAAUGUGUCUGUGGCAGCAGGUCCAUUGGGUAGAAAUGCUGAAGCGGCUGCAUCUGCCUCUCUGGGUGGUGUAGCCGCCGUAUUCGCGUACUCUAAAACUAAAGGUAUUUUUGCGGGUGUGUCAGUCGAAGGUUCUGUCAUUAUUGAAAGAAGAGAGGCUAACCGGAAGAUUUACGGCGAUAAGUGCACAAGCAAAUUGAUCCUCAGCGGUCGUGUUAGACCUCCGCCAGCUGCUGAUCCUCUAUAUCGUGUACUUGAAUCACGUGCAUUUAAUGUUGGCUCUCGCCAGAACGGUGAUUUCGAAGAUGAUGAUGACUUCUACGAUGACAUCCCUUCAUCGUUCGAUUCAACUGACACGGACUCAUAUAGAGCCAAUACGAGAUCCACGCGCAGAAGAGGUGACUCUCUAAGAUCAUCCAGAUCGUAUGGUGACGACUUUGAUGACGACUUCGAAAACGAAGAUACAAACGAUGUUAAUGACUACUACUCAAGAGCAAGAAAGCAGAGAACAAGUACACGCUGGGAAGACGACGUUUAUGACAGAGAUGUUGAUGAUUUAUCGGGAAGACUCCAUAGUAGCAGAAUUUCAGGUGGACCUUCUAGACCAAGAUCCGAAAAACCUGAUUUUGGUCUUUCCUCAGCUGCUUCGCCACGAAGCAACAGAGCUGCCUCUUCUGGUGCUCCAAAAGCAGUUGCUCUAUAUACUUUCAAAGGGGAACAAAGUGGAGACUUGCCAUUCAGAAAGGGCGAUGUUAUUACUAUCCUUAAGAAAUCAGAAUCGCAAGAUGAUUGGUGGACCGGCAGAAAUAACGGCCAAGAAGGAAUAUUCCCUGCUAACUACGUGGAGCUAGUUUAA